GGGGUGGAUUUUGGGGCGGGUUUGGGGCUCCCCGAUCCAUUUUGGGACCUUUUCCCCCCCCAGGACCCCCCCUGGCCCUCGUCCGGCCCCAGCUCGCCCCGUGCAGCCGGGGGGGACGCGUGGGGCUCGGCCCCGGCCGCGCUGCGCACCAUCGAGACCUUCGUCCGCAAAGCCAAAUCCUCCAAAAAACGCGCCCUGGCGCCCCCGGAAUCCGCCAUUUUGGACAAAAUGCGCCUCAAAGACUCCCUGUUCGACCUCCCCGCCCCCCAAAACAACCCGGGACCGCCCCCCCAAAAACGCCGGGAGCGCCGGAACCGCCGGGGGGAUUCGGGGCUGGGCGGCGGCUCCCGGGGCGGCCGCGAGAAUUCGCGGAUUCGGGUGAAAAAGAGCAAAAAGCGGCGCUGGAAAAAGGGGGACAGGGGCGUCUUGGGGAGGGGGUCCCCCAGCGAGGAGACGGAUUCGGAGGAGGAGCCGCCCUCCCCUCCCCCGCC